AUGUUUAAUAAAUCAAUUAUUGAGCUUGAAAAAUUGAACUCUACAACAACUGAAAUAAAUUCAUUAGAAGUUAAAUUAGAUGAAGCCAAUACAGCUUUUAGAAUUUUACUCAAUGAUUCUAUUAAAAAUUUAAAAGCUUUGUCUAAAAAACUUGGUGGAUGUAUAGAAAAAGCAAGACCUUAUUAUGAUGCUUUGGAAACUUUAAGGAAAGCACAAAUGGAUUGUCAAAGAGCUGCAGUAUUGUAUCAAAGAGCAAAUGAAAUUCAUCAGGCUGCUAAAGAAACAGUUGCUUUAGCCGAGCAACGCUUUUUGUCCAGGCAGCAUGAAUGGAAGUUUGAUAGUGCGUGGCAAGAAAUGCUGAAUCAUGCAACAAUAAAGGUUAUGGAAGCUGAAACCCAAAAAACAGAAAGUGAAAUGGAACAUCAGAAAAGAACCUUAAUUUUUAAUCAAGCGGAAAAACAAGUUCAUGAUUUUGAAUCAAAACUUCGUAAGAGUAUAAGCAAAUCGAAACCUUAUUUUGAAGAGAAAGAACUAUGUCAAAAAAAUUUAGCUUCUCAAAAAGAAAAAGUUGAGUUCCUACAAAAGCAACUUAUAUUAGUUAAAAAUUCUUACUCUUUGUCUUUGAAAAAUUUGGAAAAAAUAUCUGAAGAAAUUCAUUCGAAAAGAGGAACUAUCGGUCGCGGAAUAAGA